AUGGUUUGUGGCGGGUUCACCAACACGCAGCCCGCUAUGCCUGAGAUCCAGGCCAUCGCCGACCAGGUGAAGCCCCAGCUGGAAGAGAAGGAAAAGAAGAAGUUCCCUAUUUUUAAGGCUGUGGAAUUCAGGAGCCAAGUGGUCGCGGGCACAAACUACCUCAUCAAGGUUCAAGUUGGCGAUGACGACUACGUACACAUUCAAGUGUUUAAAAGUCUCCCGCAUGCAAAUAGGCCCCUGGACUUGACCAGAUAUCAGACCAACAAAACCAGGAAUGACAAGCUGGAGAGUUUCUAG